AUGGACAUAAGCAAUAACUUGCGGCAACUAAAGUUCAUGAAGAUUCCAGAAAAGCCAGAAGAAAACAGAAGAGAAACCCUGGGCACGUGGCUUCUUCGAGAAAUAUCCCAAAAGAAUCAAGCAAAAAGAUCAAACAGUUUUAAUUAA